ACCCGUAUACGUCAGUUUAAGCCUUUCCUAGCUCCUCGGGUCUCAUUUAAAACAUUUGGGAUCAAAUAUGGCGGCGUGAGAUUGUAGCGAGGUAAAGAAACGGUAUUGAGCCUCUGAACCAUAGCGAGAACUCUGAGUUUAUCUACCCCGAGAUGCGGAAACCCUCAGUUUUGGGUUUCACGGCAGCUAGCUUGAGUUAACUGGAUCAACUCUGAGUAGAUAUACCCUGAGUUGAACGCAUGAAACCCGGAUGCUCUGAUUCGACAUGGCAACUAGCCCUAAAAAGCGAUCUGCUUAUUUCACUCCAUCGGAACUGGAAAUUUUAACCCAGUCUUACGGUGCCUUUGAACACAUUUUUAAAAGAAAAAGUAACACUGUUGCAGCGGUGAAAGAGAGAGUAGCGGCUUGGCAGAAGAUUGCAGACCGAGUCAAUGCGUGUAAUCCUUCAAGCCAAAAACGUACGUGGGCGCAGCUUAAAAUGAAGUAUAAGAACCUCAUUCAAUCAGCCAACAGAAAAAAGGCAGAGGGGAGAAAAAUGAGUGGAGAGCCAGCACUGGCACCAAUACCAACACCGCCUCUAAAAGAGGAGGAAGAGGAGCUGGUCCUUUGCCAGGGCACUGGCAGGCCAGUGGUGGAUGGAAUACCUGGAGGGAUUUCAUCGCAGCCACUCACCAUUCAAGACACUAGUGCCUUUGUAAAAUAUUCUAAUGCUGUCAUCUGCCUUGUGGAGCCCAAUGCUGUGACAGAACUUGUAGUUGAUGGGGAUGCUAAAGACACCAUGGAAGCUACUAUAGAAUGGGAUCCUUCACCGGAUGACAUCGUCAAAGACACCGAGCCAACCACGAUCGAAUGGGACACUUCACAGGAGGAGACCUUUAAAGACACAGAGUCGGUUCCCAUCGAGUGGGAUACUUCACAGGAUGAGAGUGUUAAACACGUUGUGUCAGCUACUCCCGAGUGGGACCCUGAACCUCCUCCUGAAGAGAGCAUGGUCAGACAGCAGAAAGUGAAUCCAUCAGCUUCCACAGCAAAGCUUGACACUUUGCCAGUAAAAACAGUGUACAAAAUGCAUCUUCUCAAGAAAAUGGAAAAAACGGACAAAGAAAUGACAUACUUGGACCUGCAAAUGAAAAAAACAGACCUGGAAAUUGAAAUUCUAAAAUACAAAUUAGAGGUGGGUGAGCAGUCACAGGUGAACUAAAGGAAAUGAAGAACAAACAAAAGGUGAAUAUUUGAAAAUCCCAUUUCCAAAAAAUGAGGGCAACACAAAGAAUUUGUUCCUGUGGACUGUAUAGGUGGGUGACAUUAGUGAUAUGAAGGACGGCAUCGUGAAUAUAAUCGAUGGACUGAAUGAACAUCUAAGUCCUCUCACAGUCAAGGUGUACAUUCAAGUCCCUGCAGAGUGACGCGGCCACCUCAAUGAAAGAACAUGCACUUUCUAAACUACAUGUCCCCCCACAUGUAGUCCAAUGUGUGGUAUAGACUGAAUGAAUGAAUAAGAAAUGUCUGCUCUAUAAGAGGGUGGAGACAUAGAGGAAAUCGGGGUUUAAUGCAGAAAAUCUGCUCUCGACCAACUUGGCGUCCUAGAGUUAAGUUUGUUUUUCGUAAGUUGCCGUCAGUGUUGUUCACUGUUGUUACCGAUGUGGCCGCUAUCUGAUGAAACACAUCUCUUAAUGGCGGACACCACGACAAAGCUAAUUCAUAAUUUUUCUCAAUAUUUGAAGAUUUUUCAAAGAAGGAAUGCAACAAUUAUUUUGUGAAGGAGUAAUAACCUCAUUCAUUACUCCGUUAAUACUACUACACCCUUAAAUGGGACCUAUUAUGCUUUUUCCACUUUUAUGACCAAUAAUUGUAAUUAGAAUGUUGUAUUCUCGUGUUAAACGAUGCCAAGGUUUCAGUAAAUGUCAGCCGAGUGGAGCGUGCGUGGAAUAUAUUAAAAGACCGUUUUUGGCAGGAAGCAUAAAUCCAUGGAAAAGAUUCAGGAAGAAGUUUUCUUUGCGGGUUAUUGUGUGUAGCUGCUCUAUAAGGGUCCACAACUCAAUUAAAAGGGUCGAAAAAUGAGCAUAAUAGGUUCCCUUUAAUAAUAAAAACUCAUUUAAAAACUG